AUCGGUGCAUUGUGUCUGCUAUUAUUACAAUCACUCUUUCCUCUGCUCACGCUAAAUUACAAGCCAUACCAUGUCUGCCGCGAAGACCAACUCGUCAUUAUCCAGGCUGGGCUCCAUCAGGAGUUCCAAGUAUCAGUCAACUGGAUCUAUGGGAGAACUAGGCGAAACUGUCGAUAAGAUGGUGGAUCGACUGAAUAAACAGGUCGAUGAGAAGAGUGCCGAGCUUUUAAAACAAAUGGAUGAAAUGACCAACAGAAUACAAUCGCUGGAAACGUCUAUCGCUGCGCUGGCCCACGAGCCAGUCGACCAAUCCUCUACUUCAAAUCAAUGACUCGGCUAAAAAACGGGUUUUUAUAUACCCAUACUGCCUUCAAGAUACCCAAAACAUGAUAUAUGCAUAUAAUCUACCGUCUGCUCCCUGGCAAAACCUCCUUGCCUCCCCAUUCCACACCUUCGAAUGACCUCUCUUCUUCACCCUUCACAACCUUACCAUCAUCAAACACCCAUUCUUCGUGCGCAGAAGAAGGUAAGCCUUCCCCAAACUCUCCAACAGGCUUGCCCAAACCCUUGAUACCUAAUACUUGCGCACCGUCCUGAUCGCCACGCAUAAAGAAAAUACUUUGCAGGGCAUUCACAGCCGCCCGAUGUUGAGCCAUGGCUUUACUUGACCCGUGUCCCUCGGCGAGCUUGAUACCUGAAGGCAAGAAUAGGCCAAUGAGGAACAGGGGCGCUUGGGAAGCGGUACCAGUGGAAGCGAGUAAGCGUGGUUGGAUGAGGGUGUGAGAGGAGGAAGCGGGGACGCCGGCAGCGGACAGGUGGGAGGAGACAACAGAGGAGAGCACUUGCAUAGGAUUGAUGGGGGUGAUGAGAGAAGGAAGGUCAAGAGCUCGGGAAAGGAAGUGGGCGUGGGUGAAUGCUCGCGCGGCAUGGAUACCCUACCAAAAAAAGGAAAGUUAGCGCAAGAUGCAGAAACGUGAUUAUGGAUCAUAAGACUUGCUUGUUCCUGAUAGAUCAGUCCGACGAAUGCUCGCACUGCGCUGGCAACCACAUCCUCGUGUGUCUCCCUUCGCGCCUGAACGGUAACGUCCUGAUCUUCCUGCUUGAUGUACUUUCUGA